AUGCCAUCCCCCCUCAACAUUGGCGUCCUCCUCCUCCCAGGAACCCAACUCCUCGACCUCUCCUGCAUCGACCUCCUCUCCAUGACAGACCCCACCUACCUCUCCGCCUGCAACCUCCCCCAAACCCUAAUCCACCUCGGCCACUCUACCCAAAUCCACUACAUCGGCCUAGGGGGCACCGGCACCCUCACACCCCUAACAUCAAACAUCAACAUGCAACUAACGGCCUCCCCCACCGACUCGCACGUCAGCCCAGGCACUCUCAACGCGCUUCUCAUCCCAGGCACAGAUCCGAACGUCGUUCCUGACGCCGCAUAUCUAGAUUUCAUAAGAUGGCAUCAUGCACACGGGACGCAUAUUCUGAGUGUUUGCACAGGGAGUUUCGUUCUUGGUCAUGCUGGGAUACUAGCCGGCAAGGUAUGCACAGGGCCGAGACUGCUCGUCCCACUGUUAAGGGCUCGAUUCCCCGAGGCCAAGGAGUGGGUGCAGAGUGUUAGGGUUGUGCGGGAUGGGAACAUUUGGACGAGUGGCGCCAUAACAAACGGUCACGACCUCAUCAUGCAAUACCUCGCUACAAUCGCCUCGGCACCCCUCGUCAACGCCAUCUCCAUCAUGGCUGAUUUGCCCGCUCGGCUGGUCGAGUAUGAGACGUCCGUUGCGGGUGAUACGACGCACUUUGUGUGGCAGAUUAUUAGGGCUGUGCCGAGUAUGUUGUAUUGGGGGUUUGGGAAGUAG